AGCCUCCCCGCCGCCGCUGCCGGAGUCAAGCCCUUCCUCGCCGCCCCGGCAACUGACCGCUCGACCAAUCCGCGCUCGGGACCUGCGCCUCCACCAUGGCGGGGAGAAAAGCGCUGAUCGUGCUGGCGCACUCCGAGAAGACGUCCUUCAACCAUGCCAUGAAGGAGGCUGCUGUAGAGGCGUUGAAGAAGAAAGGAUGGGAGGUCACCGUGUCAGACCUCUAUGCCAUGAAGUUCAACCCCCUCAUUUCCAAAAAUGACAUCACAGGCAAGCUGAAGGACCCAGAGAACUUCCAAUAUCCUGUUGAGUCUGUUCUAGCUUACAAAGAAGGUCGCCUCAGCCCAGAUAUUGUGGCUGAACAAAAGAAGGUGGCGGCUGCAGACCUUGUGAUAUUUCAGUUCCCACUGCAGUGGUUUGGAGUCCCUGCCAUUCUGAAAGGCUGGUUUGAGCGAGUGCUUAUAGGGGAAUUUGCUUACACCUAUGCUUCCAUGUAUGACAAGGGGCCUUUCAAGAAUAAGAAGACACUGCUUUCCAUCACCACUGGUGGCACUGGCUCCAUGUACUCUCUGCAGGGUGUCCAUGGGGACAUGAAUAUCAUUCUCUGGCCAAUUCAGAGUGGCACUCUGUACUUCUGUGGCUUCCAAGUCUUGGAACCUCAGCUGACAUAUAGCAUUGGGCACACUCCAGCAGAUGCCCGGCUCCAGAUCCUGGAAGGUUGGAAGAGGCGCCUGGAGACUAUUUGGGAUGAGACUGCCCUGUAUUUUGCUCCAAGCAGCCUCUUUGAUCUAAACUUCCAGGAUGGAUUCUUAAUGAAAAAAGAAGUCCAGGAAGAACAGAAAAACAAGAAAGUUGGCCUCUCUGUGGGCCAUCACUUGGGCAAGUCCAUCCCAACUGACAACCAGAUCAAAGCCAGGAAAUGAGAUCCACGAGUUUGAUUUCUUUCUAAAAUGUAGCCAAUGCUAGGCAUCCUUUUCAGGUUUCCUUGACUUGCUUUGAUUUUCAAAAUUUAGGUCUUUUGUUUUCCAUAAAGGAGAGAGUAGACUGUACCUGUAAAAGUUAACUAUGAAUUUUUUUGAUUCUUAUCAUGGCCUGUGACCAAAUUCUGGUGAGUCUACUUAAGACAUAAAGUGGGAGAGGCUUUACCAAAAAUAGUAGAGAAUAUUCUUUAAGGUCAUCUAGAGAAUUUAUCCCUCUUUUCAGUGCUAAAUUUAUGUGGAUAUUAUUGACUAAACAGCAUCUAACUCUUCAAUGAUCUAUUUUUCUUUUGGUUUAGUUGCCUCUCCGUGAUUAUGGAAGAGGGCAAUUGCUCAGAGAAUGAAAUGAGUGAUUUUAUUUGAGACUUACUUAGGUAUUAGUAAUGCUUGUUUAUGAUAUCUAUAUUGGUUUUAAUGGCUACACUUACAUGCCUAACAUCUGACUAUUCCAUCAACUUUUGCUGUUUGUAUAAAAUGCAAAUACCUUGGAAUGAAAAGCUAAUAAAAGUGUCUUUACUUCAA